AAAUGUGACAAAACUCUUGAUUUUGAAAAUGACACUCAAGCACGUUGUUUCGUGAAAGCAACCACUGGGUCCAAUGCCAGGGUGUCACUAUCUUCUGACAUAGCCAAACACGGAAUUUGUUCUCUUAAAUGGGAAUCAUUUGACACGAAGAACACAAGUAUUUCUUAUACAUUACCCAUCAGCAUUACUGGCUCAAAAUUUCUACGCGGAGGUAUUAAGAUGUGGAUUUACAAGAAAGUUUCCUCUCUUGGCAGACAGAUGAUUGUUGAAUUUCAAGACGCCGGGGUUGAGCUUGGCGCAUUUUCUGUGCAGUUAGGAUUUAGAGGCUGGAGAGCAAUAUGGGUUGCGUUUUCUGAGUUUGUAAAAAGAAGUGAACGUAAGAAAAGAUCCAUUUCUGCAGUAAAGUUUACUUUGACCCACCGAGAUACAAUUUACGUCGAUCUGCUCCAGUUUGAGGAUCGCAUGUCAAAGCAAUCUCGUGAUAAAAUAGUUCUACCGUUGACUUUAACCAAGAAAAAAAAUUCCGAAACUUACCACUGGAGUGCACAGAAACCAACAGAUGCCGCAUUAAGAGGUAUAAAUUCAUCGAUGACGUCAAGUCUUCUACACAUCGAAAGUCGUUUAAGGAACUUUUAUUGCGAUGAGAGCAAAACCACCGAUAUGCUAAACGGUAGUCUUCUAGAACGCUGGAAGUCCCUGAACCAGAGCAUAGACAGAGCCAACAACAAAUAUGACGGUUUAAGUUUCAAUCUCCAGAAAACUGUGAUCACUGGUCCUCCUCUGUUUGGGCGUAAUUCAGGUUAUCAUGAUUCCAGAAAAUUUGAGCAUAUUAUGUUGGAAAUUUUGUUCCCUUUAACUGUGGAAUUCUACCUAAAAUCAAGGGAAAAGGAAAUGAAUACGAUAAUAAGUCGGGAGGCGUCUUACCUAAAUUCUAACAAUUUUGCUUUGAUUAACCAGUCAAUCGACAGAAUAAUUGGAACAAGUAAAAUCCUGAAGGACAAGGUGUUUACACACAUUCAGAACCUAACGCGAAGCUCUUUGAAAAUAAAUUACGCCGAGGAUGCACUGAGGUUUUUAAACGAAACUCGACUUAAAAGAAUUUGUAAUCUAUUAGAUUUUGUUGAAGACCAAGGAUGGGCAGAUGGAAGUGCGCUAGGUUCUCUGGAAAAAGAGAUGAACCGUGCUUUUGCUGGAUACAUGAACAGUCUGUUUCUGCUUAAAGACACUUUGCAUAAAAAUAACAAGACAAGAUUACAGAACUUAGUGAAGACUUCGAAAUGGUACAAUGAAUUUGGGGAGGUCUAUCAACAACACUUCGAGUAUAGAGGAACAAAUGCCGACAAAAUGAUCACCGUAAUGCUCUUUCGGCUUAUGAUUGUUCUAAUAAUGCCUACUGAUACAAAUGCCGAAAAAAAAGCAAGACAACAGGACAUGGAAGCGUUAAAGAGAUGGAUAGAUAAUGCUUUGUUGAUAAAUACAGCGUUCGGAGGGGUCCUCAAACCUGAUUACACUGGUUUUCAUCACAAAGGAAUCUACGGAUCUGCCUACGUCCCACAGGCGUUGCAUACAGCUGCACUCGUGCAAUAUCUUUUAGAGGGAACUGUCUUUGAACUGGCUGACGCGGCAAAACGCAAUUUAAAAGAAGGUCUUAAAACUCUCAGGAUAAUGGCUGUGAAAUACUCCACCCCAAGCAGCAUAGGCGGACGUUUUCCCGAUUAUUCCAAGGCAGUCCUGAUAAAAAUUCUUCCUGCGUUUGCAUAUAUCAGCGUAUCGAACCCAGGAACUUUAAAAUCGGCACCAGUGAAAGGGAUAGCCAUAAUGAAAGUGACUGAAGAUGCGAAAAUAUUUUUACGUUUGUUUAACACUUCGUACCACAAGGUUACUAAAUACAUGAAAUCAGGAGAGAUCAAACAGGAAAAAGCGUACAUGAACAGCCUGGGGUCUCUCGAGAUAAUGGAGAAAGUAAGAUAUUAAUUAAGAUGCUAUUUUUGGUUUAUUUAUUAGCGAGCAACAAUCGCUAAGUCCAAAAAAAGAAAAGAAAAAAAGAAUGUGAACAAUUUUGAAGCCGGAAAGGACGAUGUGAGUUUGCUGUUAAUUUUUUGACACAACUCGGUGCAGCAAAAACAAAAACUAGAUCAGUACAAAACAGCACCAAGCCGUUCCCAGUCUGGCCUCUAUUAUCUAAUAUUUCGGUUUGGUUCUGAAGCACAACUCGACGCGCACCCAAUCACGAAUUGAGGCCGGAAGGUUGUGACCAGUCUAAACAGCAUUAAAAGCUGCUUAAAACAUGGAGCCAACUGGAAAAAUAAUUUUGGCAAAAACAGGCUUGCUAAGGUUCACUGAGCGUGGUUUAUUUUGGUUUCGUGUAUAACACAAGAAAAACUUAAAUUGGGCGGGGAAAAAUGGCUUCCCACGCAGGCGUCACGUGGCAAGUGACCAAUCAACAGUUUUGAAAUAAAGUGUUGACAAGCUAAACACGACUCAUAAGCUCGUAGUGGUGUUGUAAAAACAUGACCCUAGAGUGACCUUUUUCUUGCUCUUCUUUCCUUCGCUAAGGUUUUGCAGUGCAAUCAGACUAAAUCUUGCUUUUGCUGUUCUGAGUCUAAGAUUUAUUACAGUUCAUAAAGCUUUCCUAGUGUUUCAUGCAGGUGGAGUAAUUAUCGGGUUACCCUGCGGUCAAGGUCAAACUUCCAGAAUUUGGAAGGUACAAUGUGAUUGGCUAAGCUUGGGAAAGAAAUGUUGUUCUCGGAUGAGCGGACGUUUGUGGGGAGGAAAGAAAUACGAGCUCUCCUGAAACGCCUGCGUGGGAGGCUAGAAAAAAUUAAUUGUUAUUUUUAUCUGCCUGGAAGAAUCCGUAUAUUAUAGAAAAAAGGUCGGUCGCGCGUAAGCUCAGGAGCCUAAAAACGUCACUUUUGUUUUUCUUCUCUUUAUAUUAUUAACAGGUAUUUGAAAAAGCACAAUUGGCGAACAUGUCUGCUGAACCUUCCCCAGAAGGUCAUUGGUCUAAAAACUUUGGAGCCCUCUCAAUUCAUCGUCGGAAAAACUGGGCUGUCACAGUGAAAGGCUUCAACAGGUUUGUUUGGGACUUUGAAUGUUCUAAAAAUAAGAGCCCCCCGGAGAACCCGUACGGUAUCUUCACUAGUUAUGGUUCCAUGCUAAUAGCUAACAGUGAAGCGGAACUGAAGGCGCAUGAUGUGAGUACGGGAUGGGACUGGACUAGAAUCCCCGGGGCGACUACGAUGCCAUUGACCCUCAAAGAAACAAGGUUGGAGGAAAGAAGGAAUUUCAGUCCAUUGUCGUCUGCAGGAGGAGUUACCAUAAAAGGAGUAGAAAUUCAUUCCAAUGGAGUCUUUGGAAUGGACUUCGUUCAACCAAAAUAUGAGUUCUUGUAUAAUCAUAGUCACCAAAACAGCACACUGUACUUUAAGAAGUCUGUUUUCUUUUAUCAAAAUUUGUUGGUCUGUCUUGGCAGCAACAUUUCUCUAAUCAGGAGCAGAAAAAUCCCGCAGACAACACUUUUUCAAGACAAACUGGUCAGAGGUUCUACGAAUUUCCACAUUAAAGUUGAUGGUCUCGUGAAAGACAGUUCAGCUCCAUUUCCAUCAAUGACACCAUCUUCUCAAAGUGGAGCAGAGCCGCACACAAUCCUACUGGACACCAAAGGCAACAGCUAUUUUAUUCCAAGUUCAAGUGCCUCAAGUCUCAAGAUUCACGUUCAAAAUCAAACCUCAAAGACGCCAUCAAAUAAAGUAUCCCACGGUUACUAUGGUACCGCCUGGCUUGAGCACAGUCCGGGUCAUGAGGAUUACGAGUAUGCAGUUUGGGUAAACACACCGACAUAUAACCUCACUGCAAACGAAUCCUGGAUUCGCCAACCGCAUCAACAUAAUAAGGUGACAAAAAUAUACGAAGUUUUGAAAAAGGAUUGCGAGGCUCAUGUGGUAAAAUUCUGUGCGAAUUUGGAACUCAGGGCAGUGAGACAUGGGCCCUUGUUCGGUUACGUCAUUUAUGAGCCCAACAUAACACUUCGUGAUGGACCGGUAGAGAGAGUGGAUAAGAAGUGUCUCGUUAUGGUAGACGUUACUCCGGAAGAUAUGUUCCUCAGUAUCAGCUACCCUGACCUGGACUUUAAUUCCUCCGAAGUGUUUAAUACGUCAGGCGAUGUGGACGAAUGGGAGCAGUUGGAAAGCACUGAAAACGAGGUACGAGUCACCCUAACAGCUGAUGUGGAUAAGAAUAUUUCCAAGACAAUCGUUCAUGGAUCACCAACUGAAUACGCACCUAAUGUUCGCGUAGUUUCUUCACAUUCCUCCUCUCCUAAGGGCAACGAAAUUGUCUUCAGUAAUCUCAAGAAUGGUAUCAGCGUAGAAGUAACAUUGAAGCGGUUUGAAGGGGAUUUCAAGUGUGGUAACAGAUUCAUUUAAGACAAUAAACAUCACUUGAUUGUUUGGAAAGUAGUGAGUAGGCUUCUAGAAAGUAGACAAUAUAACAUUUCUUUGCGGCAAGAAAGCCUCCUGGUGGAUGUCGGGCAAGGACAAUACAAACUUGUAAAGAGAUCUAUUGUUUGAUCCUUUUUUCACGAGUGAAACAUGGCUCGUCGAAAUUCUAUUUGAUUUUUUUCAAAAGCAAACAGAACUUUCUAUGAGUAUUAAUAUAAGUGUGAUAGAAAUAAAAGAUCGUUGGUAAAUCCAUUUUGCAAACGUAUAUCAAGGUAUUGUUAAAGAUCAUUCAAGGAUUAAUAAACCAAAGAGGGGAUGAAAAAUGAAAACAAGUGUGUCCUAUAAAGCAUGCGUACAAGGCUGCCUUGCUUGUUUCUGUGUCGGUUUAAAUUAUCAUUAACGUGGUGGUUAAUUAUCCCUUGAAGAUAACCAUUUUGAAGUAAUAGCUUUCUACGGUCAUCCAGGACAGAUUGCAGCAAGGAAGAGGAGCAAGUUCGUAGCAACGACAAGUUAAUGUGCGAAUGAGACUUGUUUUAUACUUGCGAGGAUUGAAUGACCGCCAUUUGGUAUAAAGUCCUAUGAAUGUUUUCUUCCGGUUGAUGGAUGUCACGAAUGUGUAAUUGGGCCGCGUUUUACUGGGAUUUCUAAGAAUGGAAGCUCAUUGUCGUCUUCCAAUUCAAUAGUAACUCUGAUACUGCUACGUAAAAAUACUGCAGAACUCAUUGUUGUUAAACAUUGUGGAAGUGAAAUCAACAUACUGAAACCAAAGUGAAGGACAAACUUUACCGCUCACUACCUAUCUUUUCCCAAAGUGACGCAAAAAUGCUAACACUAGGCCUAAUUGGGGAAACCCAUGGCUAAGCCAUCACUUUUAUUAUAGUACCGUAAAUCCUCUAUCAAGACCCCCGAGGGGCUUAUUUUUUUCAAGUACUUUUUUUGGGGGGGGGGGGGCUUAAUUAAUUUAGCGAAACGCAUCACCUGUAGCAAAAAUACCGUGGUAUGAGACAGAGUAGACUUACGCGUUGCACAAUUAAAGUCACUGUCAAAAGUAUUUCAUUCACUUGUGGGAGCCUAAAAGUAACAAAAAUAAGAUUCUUAUUCUUCAAAAAUGUGCUUUCGGCCUCAUGUUCGUCGGUAAUUUUUUUGAGAAUGGUUACUUGUAUUGAUUUGUCGUACACAACGUACAAACGAAAAUGUCUGGAAAACUCCUGUUAUAUUUACAUUUUUUAUGUCUUACAUUUAAAUGUUUUAUUAUAAACAGCCUUGACAUUUAUGAUACUAUAAUUCUACGGUAUUCCGUAAAAUGAUGACCUCAACAAAACAGCGGAAAGUGAAAUUGCAAAGUUAGAAACUUUAUGGUCAAGAUUCAAUGUCAAUGUCAAGGAUUUCAUCCUCAUCAUGCUCAUCCAAAAUAAGGUGUGCGACAUCUUCUUGAGCUAUCUCUUCUCCUGAAACAGUAGUGCACUCGAAAGGAUCGGUCUCUUCCUCCUCUUGGUGAAACGCUUGCAAUCUAGGUAACAGACUUUGGCAUGGACCAUGCUUGAUACACGUUAUUUGAUCAUCCUCCGACCCAUCAAGGUUAGACGAUAAUGCGCACACCUUAAAUGACUUUUUAAUUACCUCUGCGGGUAACUUUUUCCGGGCUUCUAAUACCCAUUCAAUCAUUUGCUGCCGUGAUGGCCCUUUCAUAUUUCCAUGCGCUGUCAUUUGGUGUUCGCUUUCCGCCAAGCAAUUGUCAUAUGUCUGUCUUAAAUAUUCUUUCAUGGGCUUAUUCCAACCUACAUCGGGAGCCUGGAUAAACUUUGUGCAGCCACCAGGUAAAAUUACAGAAUCAACUUUAGCUCUGUUGAGAAUAUCAUUAACUCGAGAUGUUAGGUGACAUCUAAAUGCGUCCCAUGCUAACAAGCGACGUGCGCCAAAAGAAAACGUUCCUAUAACUUCACGGCAAUACUGUUCAGUCAAGGCUUCAUCCAUCCAUCCACUGUCACUGCUAGCUACAAUACACUUGCUUUGAUAUUCUUCGAUUAGCCUUUUCAUGUCACGCUUGGCUCCCUUAAACACAAGGAAAGGCUUUUUUUCCACCGUCAGCCGUUGCAGUUAAGCAAACUGUUAUUUUGGACUUCUCACGACCAGUAGACUUCAGAUUUACUGAGUGAGCACCACGUUUCUCCACUGUUGUGUUAGAUAUCAUGUCAUUCCACACGGCUGUCUCAUCCAUGGCAAAAAUAUUUUUUAACUUAUAGUUGAUCUUCAUACGGAGUCGUCUUAUCUUCAGGAUAUAAGCACAGAGCUUGUCAAUCAGUUGAUCUGGGCUUUUCUGGGCUUCAGUUGUGCGACGCCUCACACUCAGUCCAUUUCUAUUCAUGAACUACUCAAGCCAGCCUUGGCUAAAUGUCAAUUUGGUAAUGUUCGGAUCUUCUUUCUCCUUUUCUUCCUGGAACUUUGCAGCUUUGACCAUGAUAAUUUUUCUUGAGACACGGAGACCUUUACUGCGUCUGUCAAAUAUCCACUCCAACAAAUUUUCUUCUUUUUCUUCAGAGGUAAGAUGUCUUCCACCUCCAUCUAGCCGUUGCCGUUUAGCACCACCAGACCUCUCAACCUUUAAUUCUUCUAUUUUGUCUCGCUUUUUCCUCCAGUCACGAAUGCUGUUUCGAUCAAUUUUUAUUUUUUUUCGAGGCAGCGUGAUUUGAGUUCGUUUCAGCAUAGCGGAUGACUUCCAACUUGAAAUCAAUUGAAUACGAACGCACCUUCUCACCUUUGUGGGAAGAUGAUGUUAACUCAGACUCCUUCAUCAUAAAAAAUAAAUGCUACAAUAAAUGCAUUUACUCUCAGGGAACCAAGAACAAAACUCUAAGAAUAAAGCAACAGUUAUUGAACACACUUGGCGAGUUGUGCCGCUAUAAACCGCUCACAGUGAUGUGAUGCAAAAGGAAUGUUCUUGAUGACAGCAUAUCUUACAGCUUCGAACAAAUACACGGUGUGCGACAAAAGAUCAUUUUGCAUCUGCUGGUCCUCGCUGAUCGUAGUACGAUAUACCCAAGCUGUAAUUUAAAAUGACAAGAGUUCAGGGAAUAUCCUUUGUCCAGCUCUACUGUUGCGAGUCGUCUGAAUCUGUUGCUGAGGGGGGGGGGCUUAAUAGAGAGGAGGGGCUUCUUAACUUUCCUCCUCUGAAAAGGGGGGGCUUAUUGGACAGGGGGGCUUAAUAGAGGAUUUACGGUAUUUGCCAUAAAAAAUAGCUUUUCUUGGUGCAAAUUCUAACAACUUCUGUAAAACAGCACGAGGUAAUAUCAGAGGAUCAGAAGAAGAAUACAGUUUUUCAAGACAGAACCGUAGUGUUUGAUCAAGUUGCGCAUUUGUAAAUAAUUACCAGACAUGCAAAGAGCGCUUGAUACCAUUCCUAUGUUUGCACUUUUUGGCCCGGUCUGCAAAACUAAGGGGGUCUUAACAUUGCGUUGGUUGGUGGAAAUUGGUUGAAGUAAGCCAACGAGGUUGCCUUUUAACUUAUUCUAGGCCUUCUAAAUUGUGGUCACUGGCCGCAGCGAUUAGCCUGUGCUAUAUGCAGGUAGUGUCAGUCACGUAAGGUUUAUGUAAUAUAUGAUAUUUUAGAGAACUGCAAACAUUUGUUUCGUAGUUAGCUAUAAUAUGUCGAUUUCAGUUUGUAAACCGCCCAGACGUUAUUAUAAACAACAUAACACAACAUAACAUAAACUUUAGAUACAGGGUGUCCCAAAAGUUCCUCUACGUUAUAAGUCUGUAUUUCAGUACGAUUGGACUUGGUAAGCAAAUCAUCUAAACAAAAGUUGUGCCUUUCAAACUAAUUCACUAUUUUCAUCCUUGUUGUGCUAUCUUUUGACUCAAAUAUUCGAUUUGCGUACUUCCGCACCAAAGGUGCGCGUGCGAGAGUAUAUUUUCCAGCCACAUUUUUUUGUAUUCUAUAGCCCGAAUUGCUCGAACUCCUUCGUUGUUUUUUGUGAAUAUCACGAAAGAUAAACCCCCUUAACGCAAAAACGUUCCGCCACGUGGGAGCAUAAGCAUGUAUACUUCGAUUUAUUGGCUUAUCUGUUGAAGAAACUGCUAAAAUACUGGAAAAAUCCGAAUGUUGCGUGAUUAAAUGAUCAUGGAGAAAUGAAGCUUUUAAAGGCAAGAAACGAAGGAGAAGACCAAACGUCCUGAAUAAAGCAGCUAAAACAGUUUUAAAGAAGGCUGGAUACAUAAUAGGAGACUCGACGAGGAAGCUCUCACAUAGUUAGCAUGCAAAGUCUAGAAAGGAUCAUGAAAAGCUGUUUAAAAUGUUUAAAAUUACUAAUUAAAAAUUAGAGGCCCCUGAGAUGGCAAAAAAAACCUCUGCUUAAUCUGCUAAGUAACGCCUAGCUCGUCUCAAAUUUGUAAAGAAGUACAAAAGCCUUGCUGUGGAAGGGGGCUGGGAUGAUUAUCCUUUUUGGAUGAAUGCCCAAAAUAUUUUUUUUUCAGCUGCCUAAACUAAAUAAAUAUUGUUUGGGGGCUGAACUGGCUGCAUACGCAGCAGGUGAUAAAAAAGCUCAAAAUGGAUCAUCUGUGAGUCUACACACAAUCCCACUUCAUGCCGCAACGGCUACAGAAUGUGAUAAAAAAAAACACAAAAAGGGCAUGCCAUUACUGAAAUUCUCAAUACAUGCACUCGAUAGAGAGAUAAACAUCUUCUAGAAAUUUGAUGUAAAAAUUAAAGUUUUGAUCAAAAAUUAUAGUGCGUGAAAUUAGAGGAACGAACUUUUGAGACACCCUGUAUACUCGAAGUUUAGAGUAGCCAACAAGCUAAAUAUCUUCGAGCUGAAUAAUAAAUAAAGUCGAAAGGUAAGAAGCUACAGCAGGUUGUAGUUGUAGGUAACAGAUGAGACAAUGGGGCAGUAGGGGCAGCCGGCUUUAUGAACCUGCCAAGGCUAUACAAAACACAACGCGAAGAACCACUGGGUGACACCUUGUUCAAUGAUGUUGGGUUUUCAAUAGUUUUAUCAUUUCUGGACGGGCUUUCUCCUCUAGAUUUAGUUGGAUUUUGCUCCAAUUGUUGAUGCUGUCGGAAAUCAAUUUUGUGUGGCUUAGUGAUGAUGAGCUGAGUUGAAAGCCUUGUCUGAUUUGCGCAGCUAGUACAAUAAGGCAGCCGUAAUGUCACCGAUAUCGUCAGAAAUGCUCGCUAUUUUCGUUUUUACAACGUUGACUGACCAAUGACCCAAGUACUACGCCUGUACAGGUGUAUUAUAAUUCUUUCCAGCGGUCUCUGGGUGUCGUCACCGUGUCACUCUAUUGACAGACGAAUCCUGACACCUGCCAACCCAUUCAUUUCAACAGUAGCUACUGCCAGUAUAACUCAGUGAUAAUCGAGUGUCUUUCCCCACACCAUUGUUCGGGCAUGAACAAAGGUGCAGCUGAUUAAAAAAUAAAGACUACACUUGUUUUAUGAAUUAUUUUCAGGGUCUGAGGGCAAGCUCAUUGUGCCACUAGAUAUUGAUCAAGAGAGUUCUGACGUGGAAGUCACGUCACUUUUAACAGUAGCUACUAAACAUCUCAAGCAGUGAUUUUCAGGUGCCUUUUUCCCCGCGCCAUCGUUCCGACAAUGAACACAGAUUGUAACUGACUUACAACCAAGCCUACACGUCUGUAGCAACUUAUUUGCAGCGGUUUGUGGGAGUUUUCGUCAUGUCACUGGAUAUUGACCGACAGAGUUCUGAUACCUUUCAGUCCUGUCAUUUUAAACAGUGACUCCUGCGAACAUCCAAAGGUGAUCACCUGGUGGUCUGCUUUAAACCAGAUUUCCGGCCAACGAACCAAAAUUGUACUUGAUCCAUAAAUCCUAAACCCUGGCUCUUCAGUUUAUAAGUGGUUGUAUUAGUUGGAAAAUUGUGGAGGAUUUUCUCGCAGAUUCUGUUGCGAUAACAUCAAGGUUUUUCUUUUAACAAUAACAGUAGCAGUGACAAUAAACUUUAUUGGAAAUUCUUCGGAAGAGCUUUUCAGCGAUUAAAAAGAUACAAUAAGACGCAUUGAGGUGAGUGAUCAAAAGGCUUGCUUGUUAACUUUGAUUUGUAUCAUGCACCAUUUGGUACAGUUAUUUAGUUUGUAUGAUUUCUAAUGUAGCACUUACGAACCAAAGUUGCUUUUUUCUUUGCGUUACUCUUAAGAAUAUAGUAAGGAAUACAAAAACAGUCAUAGAAUCGAUCAUUGUAAUCAGUUCAUCAGUGACUGUGAAUCAUUACAAAGUGAUAUUGAUGAUCUAGUUGAAUGGAGUUAUGAAUGGAAGCUGGACUUUAACACAGACAAAUGCUCGUUAUGCUCGGUAACAAGGCAACGCGAACCAAUUACAUAUGAUUAUACCAUGGGAAUUAAAAACUUGAUGAGGGUUGACAAUCAGCGUGACCUUGGUGUUCUUAUUACUUGUAACGCUUGAUUUAAUGAACACAUUUAUGCUCAGGUGCUAGGAUUCAUUCAUCGUACCCUCAGCAUAAGCGAGCACUGAAUAUUUACCAACAUUACGAUCUCUCUAUAUGGCCCUUUGCGUUCUUAUCUUGAUGAUGCCUUUGAAAUCUGCAGCCCGAGGUCUAUCUGUGAUAAAGCUAGUGAAAUGAUUCCAACGACGAGCGACAAGGGUUCUCCUGCCCGAGCUAUGCUCAAACGAUAACAUCUACUUCCACUAAUGUACCUUAGAGAAGUCAAAGACCUUGUAACAUUUUAGAAACUCAAGUGUGGUCACUAUAAUUGCUCGCUUGACUCCUAUUUUCAGUUCUGCUCAGAGAAGAGACUAAAGACCUUUUCAGUUAAUAAUCUUAGAUUAAAUUUAGUAAAAACCGAAGUUCAUCAGUGACCGAACUGUGUAAGGGAACUAAAUUUCAAAACGAACUUCAAUAUCUUACUGCCUAGAUCCUUCCGUCCACUAAGUUUUCUAGAUCUAUCCAAGACACUGAUGUGUGACUUCCACUAUAAUUAUAUCAAAUACAGAAGCAAAGCGAAACUACUAUUCACUGAUACAGAUUCACUAACGUAUGAGAUUGAGGCAAAAAUGUCUAUAAAGAUUUUUAGACUGACAAAGAUAAAUUUGAUAACAGUGAUUAUUAACAUCCAACUAGUGGGGCUAUGGACUCAAAGCCUAUUCGGGCUCGAGGAAUAAUUUUUAUUUAUCACAAGGACAGUCACUAGUAUGACCCAACGAAUAAGAAAGUCAUAGGCAAGUUUAAAUGUGAAGCUGCCGGUGUGCCAAUAACUGAGUUCGUCGGUUUGAGAAGUAAAUAAAUGGAAAAUGUCCCCGUACCCCCAACUCCUAUACUACUGAAUGCCCAAAAGUCAGAUCCUCGAACUAAAAAAGGCUUGCCUUAGGGUUCUGUAUUAGGACCUGUCUUUUUUCUGCUAUUUGUCAAAGGUAUUCCUUCAAAACCAACGAGAUCUACUGCAGAUAUUUUAGCAAACGAUACGACAUUAACAGCUCGCACGCUCUUUUCAGCUAAAUACAGCAAAUAAACAUAACAGAUUCCCAACAACAAGAAACUAAAGCCCCAUUUACAUGACCUUGGUUUUGGGUCUGGUAUUCCUAAAAAUGGGCACGCGGGCCGUUUCUUUUUGCACGGCCCGCCUGAUUUUUUGCCGUGUAAAUGCAAAUUUUUUGGCGCGCGGUGUGAAAAAAUCAGGUAGGCCAGGACCACCUCGGGAGGUGGUCCUGCCCCGCUUAAUAAAAAGUGGCCCACGUGCCGAAAAGAGAUUUUGCGAGGCAUUCGGUCACCGAUAGGAAAUCACUGCCGCCACUCUUUACGUUAUAGCGUUACACACGUCCUUGAUACAAGUACAUACAAACGAGUAGUCACCCCAAAUGCGUUUGCAGUAGUUCUAUAUUCGGAUGUAGAAGCCAGAUAAUACAGUGUUAUCGCUAGUCGACGAUUUGGAGUAUCAGCCUCUCUCAUCGGUGUAUCCUGACGAGUAAUAUCUUUGGAAAUUUCCUGCUCAAUAUAUUCAAAAAGUUCCACGGGUUCCUCUGAAGUUUGAGCACUAUGAGUAAAUCUUGCUUCAACCAUGUCAAACAGCGCAAAACUGAGCGAGGAUGAGCCAAAACCUCUCUCAGUCGCGGAGGAUUUAAGAGGCUCAAAAUAGCCUUCAAAAGGCGUUAUUGUGGCCGUUUAAGUACCUUAAAAAAGUGUUUAGAUGAUUACCUUGUUUCGUGUCCUUCCUUUCAUUUUCUUUUUCGUGAGCUUAAAACCCAUAAAAUCGCCUUUUGUACUCGUGUAUCCGCCAUUCUUUAUUUCUGGGACUUCAACGUUUUGUACAACUCGCGAAAAAAUCCGGCUGAUGGUUGAGUGCGGGUGACUUUUGGCCGGAAUUUUAUGUCAAGGCCUAGCGAACGGUUGUAAAAAUGCCCGGUGACUCAAUAUGUUAAGAGUGCCUUUCCUAGUUCAGGGUGCCUGCCCGAAACUAACAUUGAAACAAAUCGAACUUAUAUUUGUUUUGUAAAUGACGCAGGCCGUGCCUUAGAUUUACGGCUCGCGUGCCAAAAUUUAGGAUUGCCGGACCCAAAAUGAAUGUCGUGUAAAUUAUUUGAGCUUAGUAUAGUUUAAUACCCAAUAGAUAUGACAGUACAAAAACUUGCUGUGGAAGGAUAAACUCUAUUUAUAUAAUUUGAUUUCAAUGUUGAACCCAUUUUUAAGGUUUGUGAAAAUAAUUUUGUUGCCCCUGUUUGGAGAUGCGGACGAGGAAUUUACUCGGACAACUGGUUCGUAGUCAGCUGGUGAUUCAUGUACAAAAACCGACGGGAUAGUGAUGUCUACGUCAGCUGUUAGGGUGACUUGGACUUCGUUCUCUUUGCUUUCCAUACGGAACCGUUCUCUGGGUCCCACAUCGCUUUGCGUAUCUAACACUGCUUUUGUGUCAAAUUCCAGUUCCGGGAAGCUGAUACUGAUGUAGAGCUCCGUCUGUGAUUCACUGGCCAUGAUAAGACACCUCUUAUUCACCUCCUUAAUUGGUCCCCACUUAAGGGUAGUGAUGGGCUGAAAAAUGACGUAACCAUACCGAGGAUUUAUCGCUGUCAAACUGUCGGGUGCUGAAAGAAAUCUCACAACAUGGGCUAUGUGAUCCUGUUUAAGCACCUGAUAGAGCUUUUUCUGAUCUUCUUGCAGAGGCCAAGCGUCUUGUGCAGUGUGUGGAUAUGAUGGUGUAUUUACGUAAAUUGCGUACUCGUAGCUUGCAUCCAUGGAGCUGUGCUCAAGCCACGCAGUGGCGUAGUACCCAGUCGACGGGUUACCCUUUUGAUUUUCUGACGUCUGGUUUUGGAUGUGAAUCUUAACAUGAGGUGCAGACGAGAGUGGAAUGUAGUAACUGUUGCCUUUCGUGUCGAGCAAAAUGGAAGGCGAUGCUCCUUUACUUGGAUUGUUUGGUGUCAUAGCUAAGAAGGGACUAGUCAUUCCUUUACUGACACCAUCCACCUUAAUGGAGAACGCUGUGGAGCUUCUGUUAAGUUUGUCUUGAAAAAGAGUUGUUUGUGCUUUAAAUCCAGGUCCAUUGGUCAGUUUUAUGGUACUUCCCAAGCAAACUAA